AGGGAAUUUAAUAUGGAAGAAAUCUAUAGUCUAUAUGUAGGCUAUGCCCCGGACUGCACCACCGCCGCCGCCGCCACCUGCCCCCCCUGGUACCGUCUCUUUUUCUCUCCUCCUCUCUCAAUCCAUCUUCUUUCCUCCCUCUCCCCUCUUUCACCUCCUCUCCCUCCAUCCAUCUCUUUCUCUCUUCCAGGUCAAUGAGAGCCAGCAACAGCUCAGUCUGAACAGCAGAUCCUCCCUCGUUUUCUCUCUCUCCAGUUUCUCCUUUACCUCGAUCUCCCCGUUUCUCUCUAUCAUGCUCUCCUCACUUCCAUAUGUUAAAAAACACAGUCGUCUUAUUUUAGCAACGCUGCCUUCCUCCUCCUCUUCUUCCUCCUCUUCCUUCUCUCUUGCCCUCCUCUCUUCUGAGUUUUGACUCCCUCUCCUUUCACAAACACACACACACACCAGAAAAUGAAGCGUGGGUCGAGUGUGUUGCAGCCUCCCUCUGAUGCAGCCGAACGACACGCACUCCCUGCGAACACGCACACGAAGGCGCACGCCAGCGACGAUGCUUGUGUGAGCGUGCCCGACGCGCACGCUGAACACACACCGGAGGCACGCGCCGCGGGUUCGAGUCCCUUCCCGGCAGCCACCUCUCUCUUCAGCCCUGAUGUCAGCACCAAGAUGGCGUCUGACCUCCUCAUCCGGCUAUCAGAGGCCACCCAGAAGGCCCAGAUGCUUCCGGGGAGGCGGGCGGACGCGGAGCCCCAGAGGCGAGAGGCGCUGCCGGAGGUGCGCGGCGGGCAGCAGGACGAGCCCGGCCUGGCUCUGUCACCGGACGGCCCCGGGGCGAGUCCCGAACCGCCAUCGCUCUCACACACACCCGAUGGCAACGCUGCCACGGACACCCUGGCCUCAGACAUGCUGAGGAAACUGGCAGAGCGUCAGGAAGUGAACAGCCAUGGGGUGAGGGUCAAAGAAGAAGAAGAGCCAAUGGAAGUCGACACCCUGGUCGUCUGCGACCUCGUCCGCGAUCGGCCAAUCGCAAAAGAGAUAACCCCGCCUUCCUCGAUGGCGAGCCACCAUCUCUUCAGCAUUAAAACAGAAGAUCAGAGUCUCAGUGGCAACAAGCUGGCUGAGCAGUUGCACCCUGGAGCCAAAAUGGCGGACCAGUGUCUCCACGGCCUUAAAAUAGAGGACAAGUUUUACACGGGAAGCUGCCAGCCCGGCUCUCAGACGGCAGACAGCGUCGCCUCUCGAGCCGACAAGCUACAGUUCAAAGUGAAAAUGGAGGAUUGCGGUGUCUCUGGAACCAAGAUGGCCGACCAGCUUCUAUCAGGAGCCAGAAUGGAGGACCAGCUUCUCUUUAAAGCAAAAAUUGCUGAGCGGCCUUUCUCUGCAGCCAAGAUGAGCAACAAGUUUCUCUCUGGAGUCAAGAUGGAGGACCAGCUUCCUGCAGGGGCCAAGACGGAGAACCAGCUUCUCUUUGGAACCAGGAUGGAGAGUGGGCUUCUUCCCGGGGCCAAGAUGGCGGAGCGCGUUUUCUCAGGAGCGAAGACAGAGGAGCAGCUCUUCUUCGGAGCCAAGAUGGAAGACCAGUUCACCUCUGGAGCCAAGAUGGCCGACCAGUGCCUCAGAGCCGUGCUGUGGCAGGACAUGUCAGUGAACCUGGCGUCCACGCUGCUGCACCAGCUCUCAGAGAGGGUCAGUAAAUCCAGCAGUCGGCUGGUGGAGAGGACGCCCCCGCCCGUCAGGAGCAGUCCUGUUUCGAAGGUGAAUGUGGACCCACUCCCCCCGCUGAGCUCCCAGGAACCUCCACAUGAAACCAAACCCAGCCUCAGCAGAGAUCAACCCACAGGUUGCUCCUACUUCUACAGGUGUCAUGUGUGCGGGUUUGAGACGGACGGACGCGCCCUCUUCCAGAGUCACAUGACGGAACACCGCCAAUGGGAGCGCGGCUCCUUCUCGCUGCACUGCUGCGUGUGCGACCACUCGACCAAUCAGGAGGCGGAGAUGAGGGUUCACGUCAACACGCACAUCCAGGGGAACGUGGGAGCCGGCGGGGAGAUGAGAUGCCCCGUCACCCCUCCCGCCGCCUCCAGCAGCGCUCUGUCAGUUGCCCUGGCAACCCAGCCGGAGAAUAGCACCUCUGAGCAUCGCUGCCGCAUCUGCCAGAGGUCGUUUCCAGGGCAACAGGAGCUGCUGGUUCACUUCCAGGGUCAUCGCCAAGGCAACCAGUACCGGUGCGACCGGUGCGGCCACCUGACGCGGACAGCCAACAAGCUGGUGGAGCACGUGCGCGUGCACACGGGGGAGCGGCCGUUCACCUGCGACCUUUGCCCCUACAGCGCCAAGCGGCGGGACAGUCUGCGCCUGCACUGCAAGGUCAAACACCCCAGCGACGUGCACACACACCGGUCGUACGUGCACGGAGACAAUCAGCGCUCAAACAAACACGUUCAGCGGCUGCACACACCGCCGAGCACACACACUGCUGCACCCUCCGCCUCCUCCUCCUCUCUUCCUCCUCUUCAUCCCUCGCUGUCUGACCGGGCGGGAUGGAGGGAUUUGUCUCCUCUCCUCCCCAUCACGACGCUCAUUUCUCUGAAACCACGCUCUCCUUCAUCCUCCUCCUCCUCGUCUUCCUCCCCCAAACACUCCUUCCUCGGUUACCUUGGUCUGACGACUUCCUUGUAA